AUAUAGUUGAUUAAUCGGUGACUGUUCUGGGUUGAAAGAUUAAAGUAUAAUGAACAACGUCGUACGUACUUCUCGAUUACAGGAGAGAAGAGACAAAACUUGCUUGGAAAAUGUCAAAACGCAGUGCUCGCAACACUUUACAAGAAAUAAAUGAAAACGCACUAGAACAAACAAACAAACCUCAAAGGAAAAGAAAAGGCGAGCAGUGCAAUAGAAGGAUCCCAUCAGCAGCAAAGAAACAACACUAUGAAAUUCAGAACCGGUGUAUUGAAGGUGAUAUUAGUCCCAGUGUCUUAAUUGAGACUCCUCAGAAGGAUCUUCAAGAGACCAGUAAUCGGUCUGGAUUUAAGCAUUUCCAAUUUAAGAAUCUCUUCGUUAAACCCUCUCCGCUGCCGUGCCUCAGCUGGGCGAGUUCAGAUGAUGUAUGGAUAAAGAUGCUGAACAAGGAGCUGAAGUACAUACAUGACAAGGGCUUCAUCCAGCAACAUCCAGCUAUGCAGCCCAAAAUGAGGUCCAUCUUGCUGGACUGGCUCAUGGAGGUCAGUGAAGUUUACACACUCCACCGGGAGACAUUUUACUUGGCUCAGGACAUCUUUGACCGUUUCAUGCUCACUCAGAAGGACAUUGGCAAGGAUCAGCUACAGCUCAUUGGCGUAACGUCACUCUUCAUAGCCUCAAAGAUUGAGGAAAUUUACCCCCCAAAGCUCCAAGAGUUUGCUUACGUGUCCGAUGGGGCAUGCAGUGAAGAGGAGAUUCUUGCAGAGGAGCUUGUCAUGUUGAAGGCACUAAAAUGGGACCUCUGCCCUGAGACUGUGAUCUCAUGGUUGAAGCUCUACUCCCAAGUGGACUCUUUGCAGGAUUGCACUAAUUUCCUCAUUCCACAGUUCUCUCAGGAAACCUUCAUCCAAAUCACACAGUUGUUGGAUCUUUGCAUUUUGGAUGUUAAUUCGUUGGAUUAUCAAUAUGGAGUCCUCGCUGCUGCAGCAUUUUGUCACUUUACCUCAUUUGAAACUGUCCAUAAAGUUUCAGGACUGACAUGGGACAGCAUAUCAAGCUGUGUACAGUGGAUGAACCCAUUUGUUAGGACCGUAAGUGAGUGGCCAAGACCACAGCUGAGAGGUUUCAAGAAGGUCACUGCUGAAAAUUAUCACAACAUGCAGACCCAUGUGGACUACCUGGCUAUGUUGGGUGAAGCACAUAACCGGCAACAGGACAGCUUGGACCGAAUGUCUCCUUUGGCUAUAGGGGGAUUAUUGACCCCACCUAAAAGCACUGAGAAACCUGUGAAUGUUUGAGAAGACCAUACUGGAGCCUGCGUUCAUUCAAUGCAGUCUCAGCCCAGAGAUCUUUCAGUACAUGUUUAAGGGAGACCACUCAGCCAAAAACACCCAGAGAGACUUAAAGUUGUGUUCGGAACUGAUGCACAUUACAUGGAUAAAUUGUAUCAGGUUGUUUUUGGGAGGUCUACAUGAGGAAAUUACAUAGAGGCUGAGAUGCUGUAGGUCAAAAACAUUUCAGACCAGACCGGUGAAAUUGAGGAAUCUGCUGGCUUGAUUUCCCAUGCAGUAUUUGACGCACUCAAAAGUCCCUUCCAUCAAGGAAUGGAUAAUUCCAUUUUUCGUAAGAUGGAGAAACAAAAGUUUAAUGUUUGUGGAUUUCAAACAUGCAUAAGAACAUCUGGCCAUGUUGCCAGUUUAGAGGUUGUCUACACAAAUGCUGCUCCUUCAUGGAUCAAAUGUUACAGUUGAUGUUAUGUGAAUACAAUUUAAUUUUAUUGAGUGUGUGUUGUGAAACGUAUAUUAGAGUCUACGUUGCCAACCUAGUGGUGCUAAAUUUGCUUGUGAAACAGGAAGACCCUGUAUGGUGAGCAGUUUUUGUGAAUGUCAUCCCAUUUUUGUACUUUUUUUUUUUUUUUCUAAUGCAAUGGAAGACAUUCCUGGAAAAACUUGACUAUUUUCACCCCUCAGAAGUGAAUUUAACCAAACAAAAAAUUAGCAUAUUGCAUAUUUAUACACUAGAUAGAUUUGAAAUAUCCUUGUAAUAUUUGAAUUGCAAUUUUUGGUCAUCAAUGCCAAAGGCAUAUUUAAUUAAUUGAGGUGCUUGCUAUUUAUACAUUUUAAUGGCUUGUUUUAUUGUAGCAUAGCUUGAUUAAAAUUUUUACCCCUGGACUUGAGCCAGUGUCUGUAAACUACAUU